AUGAAGGCUCUUCGAAGUGGUUUAGUUUCGCGUGUCGUCAGUGAACAGGAGCUCAAAACUGAGACCGAAAAUGUUGUGAAUGCGAUACUAAGCAAAAGCAAAGCAGUCAUAGCUUUAGGCAAACAAUUCUUUUAUUCACAAAUCAAUCAGAAUUUGGAAACCGCUUAUAACAAUGGCUCGCGAGUAAUGGUAGAGAAUUUGUGUCUCACCGAUGGUCAGGAAGGCAUCAAUGCAUUCAUCGCUAAACGAGUGCCUCAUUGGACUCAUAGCACCGACAGAAUUGAGUGAUUGUGUUGUACUCUAUGGGCAAUAAAAUUAUUGUAAUUAUAAACCAAAACAUUUUAAUAAUUCAUAAUUUUAUAUAACGCUCUAACCUUUAAAUUUGCAGUUAUAUACUGUAUGUGAG